AAAAAACUACCUGUGUGGCCCCCGCAUGCACGCAUGUGGAGGAAGAAGGACAGCGGACCCGGGAUGUGUUUGAUGCGGGGACAAGGUCUUAUUAUCCCCGAGACAACCACAGCGACCAGCGCCUCCUCAGCAUUUUAUUGGACAUUUAUUGACAACGUAAAAAUAAGGCAUGGCAUGUGCCGACUCUUUUCUGUGAAUAUGCCUUCGUAGAGCUCUCUGGCUCGCCAACCCUCGCCGGGAUUCCCCGCAAUAUUUUCAACAAGAGACGGAGGCAGAGAGACAGAGAGGAGAGGAAAGAAAAUCUGCAAAAAUGGACAAAGAGAGUAUUGGCACUCAGUAUGAGCCCGUGGCCGAGAUCGGAGAAGGCGCUUAUGGGAAAGUGUACAAGGCGAGGGACCUGAAGAACGGCGGACGAUUUGUAGCCCUGAAAAGAGUUCGAGUCCAAACGGAGGAAGAGGGGAUGCCUCUCUCCACCAUCCGGGAGGUGGCGGUACUGAGGCAGCUGGAGGCCUUCGAGCACCCCAAUGUUGUCAGGUUGUUCGACGUGUGCACAGUCUCUCGAACUGACCGAGAAACCAAACUCACCCUGGUCUUUGAGCAUGUGGAUCAGGACCUGACCACCUACCUGGAGAAGGCCCCCGACCCUGGAGUACCACCAGAGACCAUCAAGGAUAUGAUGUACCAGCUGCUCCAGGGGUUGGACUUCCUGCACUCCCACCGCGUUGUCCACCGCGACCUGAAGCCCCAGAACAUCCUGGUCACCAGCGGAGGACAGAUCAAACUGGCCGACUUUGGCCUGGCGCGCAUCUACAGCUUCCAGAUGGCGCUCACCUCUGUGGUGGUGACACUGUGGUACAGAGCCCCAGAAGUGCUGCUCCAGUCCAGUUACGCUACACCAGUUGACCUUUGGAGCGUCGGCUGCAUCUUUGCUGAGAUGUUCAGGAGAAGGCCCCUGUUUCGAGGAACAUCAGAUGUUGAUCAACUGGGAAAGAUUUUUGAUGUUGUCGGGGUACCUUCAGUCGAGGACUGGCCCCAGGAAGUGGCCCUUCCACAGAGUGCCUUCAGCCCUCGGCCCCCUAAGCCAAUAGAAGACUUGAUUCCGGACAUAGAAGAGCAAGGACGGGCCCUCUUAAUGCAAUUCCUCGCCUUCAACCCCUCCAGGAGGAUAUCGGCCUUCACGGCGCUGAGCCACCCUUACUUCCAAAGUGUGGACAGCCACAGUAGAAGCGUGUAUGCGGCCCAGCCCAUCCCCAGCAACAAGCCCACUAUGGAGGAGAGGAGCGCCUGACAGCCGUCCCUCACCCUCAGUCAUCCAACACAGCGUCUAUGAAAAGCGUUCAGCUCGCCUCUCUGCCGUCUGCUUCACGUUUGUUUUCUACGGCGCGAAAUCAAAGUGCGUUGAUUAACAUUUUCCGAACUCUGCUUGGCGGGUGAAUAUUAAAUGUCAAAGUGAAAACAAAACCUGUAGAAACGGAUGAUAAUGUUAAGUUCAAAUACAAAACACAAACUCACUGAUCGAAAGGGUGCAAAACUCUGAAUAUUUAUCAGACCUUUGGCAUCAGUCACAGCCUUGCAUCUGUAAAGUAUCUGGUACAGUGUUAUAUGGAGAGUGUGACUGAGCAGCAGCUUUAAAUUCUGCAUGACAUCCUUGAUUAUAUUGGGAUUGCACCCUUUCCUUUUUUGCUUAAAGACUGAGCUCCCUCUACUCAAUACUCGCUGCCUCCACAUUUUACUGAUCUCCUUCCAACGACUCCUCAUUUAUCAUAAUGUCUCUCUAUUCCUAGUGUAGUAUAUGUCCAUAGCUGCAGCAGAUGCAUUUAACUAAAAACAAAAAUCACAUUUUAAUUACACCCAUUGGAUUCUAUCCACUAUCCAACCUCAGAGAUUUGUUUUCUCUUUGACGAGAAAGAGAUGUUUAUCUGAAAUUCAGCGUUAAAAAAAAAGCUUAAUCGACUGUGAUUCCGUGUUGCGCAUAAACUCAGAAACAUGAAAUAGACCCACAGGGGGCAAAUACCUUUUUGAUAGUCAAUGUCCGGCGCUCUGGGAAAGUCCUCCUCCUCAGAAGAAGAAGAGAAGAAGAAGAAGAAGAGAGCCUUGUCCUGUCGCUCUCGCCCCCUUGAACUGAUGCACAAAGCUAUCCUCCUUCCAUGAACUGAUGGAUUGUAAUUGCUGCUUUUAGGUUUCAAAAUGUUGAUGAUGGUUUGUGUUGAAGCAAUGCAAAGACACUUGCAUCUCUGACUGACUGGUGGCAGUGGGUGGACCGAACCGUGUAGGCCACAACGCAGAGGCCUCUUUCUCACCGGCGUAGAGCCUUGCAAGAGCCCUCUCUCGACUGAGGUGGGGGGGGUGCAGACCGUACGGGAGCCCGUGGGGAUUGGCCUCGGGCUCUGGCGUGUGCACCACCACUGACAUUGGCGCACUCCGGCACACGCCUGCCCAUUUCGAAACCAUUACAAGGCAUCACAAGCCAACCACUCGCUGCCAUGUCGUGAGUUAUCAUUCCCGUCAUAUAUGUAUUAUAUCACUGCCACCUUGAGGAUGUCCUGAGUAACUGCAGACCAGUAGCGGGAUUCUAAUGGCCUCUGCACUGUUCGAGGGACUCGUCGUCAUCAUUAUGUUUGGGCUGAUAUCGGUGCUGAGACAAUGAUGAAAGAACCUUUUAUAGAAAAAGUUCCUGCCACUCACUCUGUGUUUUAUGACUUGCUUUUUAGUCUUUGCCGUCAUGGGCUUUUUUAUCCUUAUGAAAUACAAUUAUUAUUUACUAUUUGAAUGAUUCAGUAAUGCACAGGCUUGCAAUAGGUGGAGAAAGUCCCACCAGCACUACUCAUCAUGAAAACAUUUGGCAUAGUAUUGUCGCCAAUUCUGUAUUUAAUUUUAAUUUUAUUGACAAGUCUUAUAUGCUUUUUUUUUUUCUGUCAAGUUUGUUACUUGAGUUUAUUUUUUUUGGAAGAUGCUGGGGCAUAUAAUAUUCUUACACCAAUUACACAAACUUUUUAGCUGAUUAUAGAAUUUGUGUAAGAAUAGCUUGACAAUGUAAGGAAUGUAUAAAUGAUAGGCAUUGGUACUGUACAGUAUGUAGUGCUAAGAACAAGCUGCAACGGUGGACAACUUUUGAUACGUGCAUCGUCAGCCCAUAGAAAUGUCAUGAAAAAAAUGGAAUAGACGUAGAGUAGCGAGGGUCAGUGGAAUGUCGUACGGCGAGAGUAUUUUUUCUAUUGAAAAUGUCGGGCGGGUUCUGUGGGUGCUUGUUGAACUUCAUUUACUUUGGAUCGAGAGUGACUACCAAUUUUACAGUGGUUUUAUAAUGAAAUAAUGCACAAAUUAUUUUCUGUACAGUUUUUAUUUUUUAUUUUGUUUGCUUUCUUUUUCAGUUUGUCCUCUUUUAUUCAAGUUCAGUUUUUACCAGCAAAGGAAAAAAAAAAAGCAAGUUAUCCAGAGUUGUAUUUUUGUAUGUAGUAGUUCUUGCAGAACAGUAACAUAUUUUAACACUGGUUUUCUUAACAGGUAGUGCUGCUAGCACACACACACACACACAGACAGACAGACACCCCUUUAACUUUCUCAGGUUCUUGUUAUGGACGUCCGAAUCUCUCGGGCACAGUUUGCACAUCCUCGGGCUACUAACUGACCACAUCACCUUCAUCAUCCUUCAGGUUUUUCUUUUUUUCAAGCUGUUCCUCCAUCACGAUGGUCGUCUACUGUCAUUCCUGUUUUAUCAGAUUUAUGUUACUGUAGUCAUUACUGUCUGAAGAUAACUGCCUGUAUGAACUGUUUUAUGCCAGAAACCGUUUUGAAUUGUUAGAUGGCGAACACAAUGUAGAUCCAUGUAUAACUGUCUGCUUUGACUUAAGCACUGUGUGAAUUUUUCUAUUUGAUAAAGACUCAUAUCUGGUGUCAGUGGUGCGUACAAUGCAAUGAAAGCUCCAAAUACUUCAGGCGUAGAGGUUUACCACACAAACAGGUUUCCCUCGUCUCAUUACACUCAAUACAAUCACUGUAAAGCAUUUCUGGUGAGUAAAUCAGCUUGUAAUAACAUUUCUGUCUCGUAUUGAUAACACACAACUGAAAGCCCACUGUUGAGCUUUGAGAACGUUCACUGUGUUUGAAACCGACGCGUCUUGAUCCACCACAUGAACUCACAUCUCUCACACACACAAACACACAAGUUCCUGUGUCACAUUUGUUUUUAACAUAUUCAAUUGAGACUAGGAACACAACAAUCAUGGCAUUAUACUUAUGUAUGAAUGCAGGCAUUGGUGUCUUAUUAUUGUGUUGCACCAGUUGAAUAAAAAGCAGCUUUUUA